UGCCGUCACUCAACGUUCCAUUGUCCGUGGAUUGGUGCAGCAGUGCGGGCGGAUUCCUCCCUGGGCUCGGUCUUCAAGGGUCGCGGAGAGCGAAUGUCGUCAUGAGCGAACAACAGGACAGUAUGGCCACCACUGUUGCUGUCAGUCCCAGUGAAUACCUUCAGCCCUCCACUGCUUCCACACAAGACACCCAGCCCUCUCCUCUGGCCCUCCUGGCUGCCACCUGUAGUAAAAUAGGCCCUCCUGCUGCUCAGGCUCCUGUCACUUCUCCUCCACCGCAGCCACAGCCUCGCAGGCUCCUCCCCAUAAAGCCAGCUCCAAUCGCCCCUGCUCCACCCAAAAACCUGGGGUUCCUGUCAGCGAAGGGCAAUGUGAUCCAGUUACCUGCUGGCCUGGGCUCCCAGGCCUCUGGUAGUCCCAUCGUACUCACUAUCCAGCAGAGCCCGGCCCGCAACAACACCACCUCCUCCGCUAACAUCCAGUACCAGAUGAUGCCACAGAUCCAGGGUGCCCAGACUAUCCAGGUGAUGCAACAGGGAGGACAAAUCCAGCUCAUACCAGGCACCAACCAGGCCAUCAUAACAACCCCAAUGACUGUUCAAGCUCCCAAUGCUGCCACCGCUCCGGUCACCCCACAGAAGACUGUAGCCAUCAAGCCCUCCCCCAAGCUGCGCAAGCCAAACAACUCUACGACAAACAUGGUUCAGCUGCCGAGCGGGCUCACGCUGCCACUUAAUGUAGCGACAGGUGAGAUGGGAGGGACUCAAAUCAUCACAGAGACAGCAGCUGCUCUACCGACUCCAGGAAAAGGGCGAAGAGGGAGAAAGAAGAAAGUGAUUCUAGCUGCUCAGCCUCCUCCUCUCCCCCCUGCACAGGCUGCCUCCCCUCCCCCCGAGCAGAUGGAGACCAUCCUGAUAGAAGCUGGAGACAACAUCAUACAGGCAGGUAACAACCUCCUGAUUGUGCAGAGUCCUGGACAGCCAGCUAUGGUGCAGCAGGUCCAGCUGGUCCAGUCCAAACCAGAGUCUCAGGUGGUCCAGAUACCCCAGCAGGCCUUGAAGGUGGUGCAAGCUGCGUCUGCCACCUUGCCACAGGUCCCACAGAGACAGUCAGUCCCCACAAGCCUGCAGGUCACUCCAACAGAACCAUCACCGACACAGUUCCUCUUCAAAACAGCGUCAGGUGAGUGGCAGUCUGUUCAGCUCCAGGACUCCAUCUCCACAACAACGUCACCCACCACUCCGGUCACUCCCACCAACACCACCAUCUCUCCACCAACUACCGCCAAGAGGACACUGGCAGGGGGACGGAAGGAACGGACUUUGGCAAAAAUUGCACCAGCGGGGGGGAUGAUAUCGCUCAAUGCAUCCCCGCUAUCCUCAGCAGCUCAGGCGGUGCAGACAAUUAGCAUCAACGGGGUCCAAGUUCAGGGGGUUCCUGUAACCAUCACAAAUGCAGGGGGCCAGCAGCACCUCACUGUGCAGACAAUGCAGGGCGGAGGACUCCAGCUGGCAACAACGCAGGGCCAGCAGGCCAUCCAGGUAGACCAGACCCUCACCUUGGAGCUGCCUAGCCAGCCAGGAGAGAAAAAACGGCGGAUGGCUUGCACCUGUCCCAACUGUAAAGAUGCAGACAAGAGGCCAGGAGAGAUUGGGAAGAGGAAGCACAUCUGCCACGUUCCUGGCUGUGAGAAAACGUUUAGGAAAACAUCGCUGCUCAGAGCUCAUGUCCGGCUACACACCGGUGAAAGACCCUUCGUCUGCAACUGGGUUUUCUGUGGGAAACGUUUCACACGCAGUGACGAGCUGCAGCGGCAUGCCAGGACACACACAGGAGACAAGCGCUUUGAAUGCAGCCAGUGUCAAAAACGCUUCAUGAGGAGUGACCACCUGACGAAGCAUUACAAGACUCACAUAAACACAAAAAACCUGUGAGCUGCCUGUUUAUGGAGUGUAUACUCAGACAAACUCUCUAAAACUGAAGACUGAAUAAGAGGAAGUAUAGACAGAGGAGAUGAUAACAAGGGAGUGUCUGUGACUUAUCCCAUUAUGGGAAAUAACUCUCAAAAAAAGUCCCUUAUAUCCCCUCUCACUCCACUAGGACACUGUGUAGCGUCGUGUACAAAAAUAUCCUCUCUGGUGGACUUAAAAAUCAUUCAGUAAAUUAAUAAAUAAUAGUUUAUCCUGUUGUUUAUUACCCUGGUCUGAGCGGUAACCAGAAUCAGCUCCAACUGAACCAGUCAGAUGACAAGAUGACCAGGCUUCAGACUGGAGGCUCAGCUCUGCUUGCUUAUUUAUUCUCUGAAGGAACAGUGACACAUUUAUCCAGAUAUCAACAACGGGACCGCAGGACUCCAGUCAGUCAAAAGUAUUAUUUUUUUGUUUGUUUCUUUCCCCAAAUGCUGCUUGGUUUUUUAUUUGUUUGUUGUGAACAUUGGGAGCUCUAACAAAUUGGCUCACCAAAAAAAAGAGAAAAAAUGAUCGCCAAGUUUUGUAUUUAAACUUAUAUUUAAAGGAAAUCUGUUUUAAGAAAUCACUGCUAACUCAAAAUUUGACUUCCCCCAAUAAUUUGUUACAUUACAUAAAAACACACCAUACAAAAUAUAAUGAAUAAACUUAGACGUAUUUUGAAUACAGUUGUUACACAUUGAUUUAUGUAGUAGGCAUGUAGAAAAUCUUUACCAAAAAAAAGGAAAUGAGAAUCACAGUUAAUAGCAGCGGGCUAUAAGUCUUGCUGCAGAGAUACAGAGAAUGUAAAAAAUUAUAUUGUCAUUUUAUCCCUUGCUCGAUUACUCUAAGGGUACUGAUAAGGCUGGUCUGAGCUCCUCCAGCGGAUCGACCCAAGAUUUGAAAUGCAGCCAAGACCUCAAAGCAAAACAGCAGCACUUCAGGCUGGGCUUGGGCAUGAAAGAGGUUUAAUGUUCAGUUCAGGAACUGAAAACCCUGUGCCUUAGAAGUUGUCAUUUCAAUUUUAAAUCAACUUCUACUCAAGUGGCUGAAAUUUGAUAGGUACAAUUAAAUCUUUGAGAACACACGGAUUCCAGCCUUGAAGUUAACACCACUAAGCUAAAUGCAAAAAGAUGAAAGAAUGUACACAUUUCAAUUGGAGUUUUCUUUGAAAUAGGACUUGCUUAAACUGAGAGAAGAAAAACCUUUGAUAGAUAACACCAAAUCAAGGGUACAAUUUUUAAACCUUACUCGGGUUAAAGUUAUGGUCUUAAGUUGGUUAAUUGCAGUUAAGAGCACAGACUGCACUAAUAAGACUUGUUUUUCAAUAUUAAGAACCUUCUGAAAGGCCAUUACUGAGGAUUUCAAAGAAGCCUAAAUCGACCAUAUAAUGGUUUAUAAAAUACUUAAGCAGACAUGUUAAAUUGAAAAUAAAGAGGAUCCAGGAUUGAUCCCUGUGGAACACCAGACCCUAACACAUUUUGUAAUUGAGAUAGUAUUUUUGUGAUGAUCAGUAAUCAGAGGCAUACAUUGCAAGCAUGUAAUUGUAAAAUUAUAGAGGACCCAGGACUGAACUUUAAAAACCCAACUUUCGACUCCAUCAAAUUCUUUUCUCUAGUUUUCUGUGAAGCAGAUUUUUAUGGUCAAGCCGUUACAGGGUGUCACCUCUAAAUACAAAGUUGCAUCUCAGAUGAAAGAUGUUUUGUAAUACCUUAUUCAAUUUCUUCAAAAAUGUUUGUUAUAAGCUCUAAGGGAACACUCUUUUUGUAACUUUCAGUACUUUAAAAUAAUAAUUAAAAAGGUAAAAUAUGGAUUUUACAAACAUUUCUGUUAUCGAUGAUGGCAGAUUCUUAAAGUUAGGACCCUGUGAAAAUAAAACAGCAUGGGAUAGUUAACCCUAACCCAUCUUCACAAUGUACAACAGUGGUUCCCAACCAUUUUUCCUUGGAGCCACCCCCUUGUAUCCCAGAAAAUCUUAGUCCCCCCAGGACCCAUAUGAUGAAAAGUGAUACAUUCAUUAGAUUCUUUACCUUAAUAAUAGUCUUUUUUUCUAAUAUAAGCUUGAUGUUCUUUUAACAUCCCAACAGAAUAUGUGUUCAUAAAUACCUAUUCAUAUCUAUCCAGUUGGUGUGUUUUCAUGAUUUUGGUUAACAUGUGCAAAUCAAAUUUUGACAACCUCAGGGAAGACAAAGCCUUGUGCCCCCAAGUCCAAAACGUUCUAAUAGUCUGAAGAUUGGGCUCAAUAUGGUCUAUAGGUGCUAAGAGUUUAAUCAAGUGAAAAAUUAGUGAUAAUGAACCCAGUCACACCUUUCAACCAGGUUGUUACACACAGUAGCUGGUUAUCCAUCUUGGUUGCCACAACAGGUACGCUCCUAAGGUCUGUGUAUGGUUAUGAUACUGAGUGGUACUAAAAUGUGUCCUCAGCACUAUUUGUUGAAACUGUCAAGUACUUAAAGUUGGCAUUCAAUUUUUGACCAGAUUCACUUCACUGUUUAAUUGUUCUUUUAUCACAACGCUCUAGAUUUUGAAGUUUUGUGGUUUUCAGCAUUUGUUUCAAGUUAAAUUCUUGAAUUACUGCACAUGUUUUAAUCUAACUUAAAAACUCUCUCUUCAGUUAACCAAAAGUAUUUUUCUUUUUCAAUUUAAAGGUUUGACUUUUUAUGAUGAGACUAUUUUCCAAAAAGAUUUUUAUACUUUUCAAAAUGAGGUGUCAAAAAAAGGAAUAAAUUGGUAACAGUACCAAUUUUACAAUUUUACCCAGCCCUACUUACACCUUGUGUACUUAUAAAUAUGACCCACUUAUUUCCUGGGUAACUCUGUCAUUCUGCUUUUGCUAAGGGUAUGAUUUUGAUUGAAAAUUUGUAGCCUUUGCAUUGCUGUACAUAUGAUCAGAUUUUCAAUGGCCCGACCUGACAAUCACAACCCAAAAUGAAAAAAAACCCACAUCUUUCUCAGGCCUUUGGUCAGUUUCUUUGUACAUUAUUAUUCCAGCUAUGUGAUAGCUUUAAUUCUGAUUUAAAACUUGAAAUUUUUAAUAUACAUUCAGGCAAGCAUUGGGCCUACUGUACAGUAUUCAAGUUACGUAAAUAUCCUUUGCUUAACAGAAUACAAUUAGUUGAUUAUAUUGUUUUUCUACAAUUUGGAUUUUCCUGAACUUUUCCAAGUCUUUAAAAAACUGUCUUUGUCUUGGAUUUCGUUUAAUUUAAAGAAAUACACCAACUCAUUUACAAAUAAGCUUUUUUGGUGCCAUCAAACAGCAGGUAGCUGUGUUGUGUUUUCACUGGGGAAGUUUUGAUACAGUGAUAAACACAUUUGACGGAUGGUUCCACCUUGCCUAAGGGCUUUUUUUUUUCUCUUCACAACUGAGAAAUUCAACCAAUAAGUCCACAUUUGAUUUGGAAGUACUUUGAAGGUGAAAGUGUUACACAGGGGAGACAAAUAAUCUUAGGUGGCCAAUAUUUGGUGUAUUAUUAUUCAAGAAUGUGUCUGAGGACAUGUAAUGCCAUUGGGAUUGAUGGACAGAACCUGCCCAUAUUUAUGUUCGUCAUUCAUGUUUAAAUCUGUAAAUACAGCGUGUGUCUGGUAGACACGAUAAAUGUAGAAUAUUUGUGAACAAAAGUUAAGCUGCCUAUAGUUGUGGUUGGCGUGGCCAGCCAUGAAGGAAAUGGAUUUUGUACAGUGUGUAAGGAAUAAAAUAUAAUGUGACAUUGUAUAGCUUCAUUCCUGCUUUGUGUAAGACUUCUAGAUCUUUCUUUCUAUUGAAUUAAAGAUGACUCAGACAGAUGCACCAAGUAUUAAAGGUUUUUAUUUUCUAACUCCUGGCAA